UUUUUUUUUGCCAGCAAUGCCGUGUCUUCUCUAACGGGACAAGUUUAACCCUGUUGGACACCGCCGUCCUUUCGGCCCGUCCAGUGUGAACAUCUUAACCCGGACUGAGGUCGUUUACUGGUGAUGAAAGGAUGAUGAUGAGGAUAAAGGGAGGAGGCCAUAGCCGAAGGUGUCGACCUCGCUAGAAUCCUACCUUCCCAGCAACCCCUACCCCCCCAUCACUAUCCUCAUCAUCCGCCGCUGCUAUCUAUCCGACCCGGCAGCAUGGCCAACCACCUGGAGCUGAUCCAGGAGCUGCAGCAGCUGGACAAGGUGCCCAGCCUGGAGAGGCUGCGGGCGGCUCAGAAGCGCCGUACUCAGCAGCUGAAGAGGUGGGCCGUGUACGAGAAGGAGAUGCAGAACAAGAAGAAGAAGGCCGACAAGAAGAGUCGUAAUUUGAACAGCCUUCAGCAGUCAGAGCCCAAGAGACGGGUGUCCUUUGCUGCUAGCGUGGCUCUUCUGGAGGCUUCAGCCAGGAACGAUCUCGAUGAAGUUCGCUACCUGCUGAGGAACAAUGUGAGUCCAGAUCUCUGUAACGAAGACGGUCUCACUGCUCUGCAUCAGUGUUGCAUAGACAACUAUGAAGAGAUGGUGAAGCUGCUGUUGGACCGUGGAGCAAACGUUAACGCUCAGGACAACGAACUGUGGACGCCGCUGCACGCUGCUGCGACCUGUGGCCAUGCAGGACUUGUGAAAAUACUCGUCGCACAUGGUGCAGAUCUUCUGGCAGUGAAUUCAGACGGAAACAUGCCCUAUGACCUGUGUGAGGACGACCCGACACUGGACAUCAUAGAGACGGCCAUGGCCAACAGAGGCAUCACUCAGGAGAUGAUCAAUGAGACACGGGCGUCCACAGAGAGGAAGAUGAUGGGAGACAUCCAGGAGAUGAUGAGAGUAGGAGACGAGGUCAACCAACAGGACUCUCAGGGAGCCACACUGCUCCACAUCGCAGCAGCAAACGGCUACGUUCAGGCUGCAGAGCUGCUGCUGCUGGAGGCGGGGGCUCGAAUGGACCUGAGGGACUCUGAUGGAUGGCAGCCUCUUCAUGCGGCAGCGUGCUGGGGUCAGAUGCAUGUGGCAGAACUGCUGGUGUCACAAGGAGCAAGUCUCAAUGCUAAGACCUUCCUAGAGGAGACACCCAUUGAUCUGUGUGAGGAUGAGGAGUUCAGAGCCAUCCUGCUGGACCUGAAACACAAACAUGACACCAUCAUGAAGUCUCAGCUCAAACACAAGACAUCACUGUGCAGGAGAACAUCCAGCGCAGGCAGUCGUGGAAAAGUGGUGCGGCGAGCUAGUUUGUCAGACAGACACAACUUGUGUCGCAAGGAGUAUGAAACCGAGGCCAUUGUGUGGAGGGGAGGAAGAGAGGAAGAGAAGGAGAAAGAGUCUGAUCAGGAGAAUAAUCAGGUGAAGCCUGUCGUAGCUGUGGAGCUGCCAGAAAAGCCCAAAUCACCCACCAUCCUCAAAGAUGGCAGUGGCAAACAGAAUGGCCUCAUCGCAACCACGACGUCCAUGCCACCGCAACCGCCCUCCAACGGCAGCACACCGACGCUCAGUAAGGGCGCAGUCGUCAUUUCCCAGCCUUCGCAGGACGACGUUGCGCAGAGGGAGCGCCCUCAGACGUUGUCAGAGUUAAAGAAGCAGAGGGCAGCAGCCAAACUGCUGAAUCACCCUUUGUUCAACGGCCACCUUGGCAACGGCUCCACAGACUCCUUCUCUGAUGCCAAAUUUUACUCUGAAGACCCUCGGAUGCCUCUGGUCUCUUCCAACGGCAACGCAGUUUACUACACGCCAGCCAGCGGCGAUCCUCCCCUCCUCAAAUUCAAGCAGCCCUUGGAGGAGGAGCAACCGAAGGCGCGGACCUGCUGCUGUGUGUCGUAGCCUCUUGAUCAUGUGACUGUUGACGCAACAGAAAAAGUAAAGAGGAAAGGAUGAGAAAAAGGCAGAAAACAAUGACAUCCUGUUCUCUGUCCACUUUAAACUCGGUCCAGGAAAGUCGCACUUCCAUUCUGUGCAUGUUCUGCUGCGGUCAGAGAGAUCCUGCUCAAAGCAGGAAAAGAGCAGAAUCGAGUUGUUCGGAUGAAGUUCAGAGGUACAGGAGAAACUGGUUCAAUGGGCCUGAGUACAUUGGUAGAUUCACCGAGAUUGGGCAUUUUUUUGAAAUCAUGUCACAAAUCUUGAUGCAGUGGAGUCGAGAAAUUCCCCAACAUGAUGCAUGUUCCGCCCUCAAACCGAGCCCAUGUUAUUUUAUUUUUUCAGCAAACUGAUUGCGACAUUUAUAAAGUGUGUGUAAACAACACAAUGUGGUGUGUAAAUGUUGUGUGUAAACUAUAAACAUUUUUAUGCAGGACAAAUUUACAGUUCAGCUGCAUCACUCUGCUUUUUUCAAUAGUUUUUGACAUUUCUGAAUGUGCAGGAACACCAUGCUGGAGAGUUAAAGGAAGAUUGACGUCUUUGUCUCCUUUGCAUUUAAACUGUAAAAGGGAAUAAAUACCAGAAAAUAGUGUUAAGUAAUAGAAAAAGUGGAUAACAAACAUAAAUCACCUGCACUGUUUAAAAAUGUCAGAAUAACAUGUUGGCUACAUUUCACCGUCCUCUUAUAUGACCCCUUAACUGACAGAUCAUGCUGUGUAUUUUCUAUAAUCCACUUUGUGCUCACCCCGAUAGAUAAUUUAAGCAAACUUGGUUGCUGUACAUUUCCUUAUUUAUGAGAUUAAUGUGUAAAAACAUUGUGGCUCUUUAAAGUUGAGUGUAUUUAUUAUUUGGAUAUGUGGAGAGUGUGAAUGCAGUAUGAGAUGAGCACCUUUUGACAUGGAACAAAAAAAAAAUCAAUCACAUGAUGAAGAGACAUAAAUAAGUCAAUGUCCGACGUCUGUACAUGUUGUUAAAUACAAACUUGUCUCGUUACGGUGGGGUUCUGUUUGUGUCUCAACGAAUAACAGUGUUAUUUGUUUUGUUUUUUGUUUUUCUGGUGGCCAGUGUGUGGCUCCUCUGUCUGCCAGUUACUGUAUUUUUAUUAGAGAUUGUUGUAAAUUACUGUAAGAGUUUUCAAAAGCCAAUGCUGUCAUUAGCACUCCCUAUAAUGGCUCAAAUUGAAAAUACCAACUUUCUUGUUAAAAUAAGAGUAAAGGAAUAGUGCAACAUUUUUGGAAAUACAAUCCCCGCUCUACUCCACAUAACAAGCAUGUAUCCUGUUAGAUGGAACAUGAAUAUAUGCUGCCACUUUAAGAUCAAACUGUUUUUUUUUUAUUGCCAUAGAUAAUGUCAAAUUUCCUUUAUGCAAUUUAUUUGUAUAUAGUUAAAUUACUGCUAACAUGAUGGCAAGGUCACAGAUACGCUGGUCAUUUUGCCUCUUUUCCAUUUUUCACCUUGUUUUGUACCUGACUUUUCAGAUAAAUAAAUAAAGCAGAUGUCUAUCAUCUUUGUUUCACGCCUUCCUGCCAGUGAGAAAUCCUGGUGAAAUGAAAUCAUACAUUUAUCUAUCAUGUUUUUUUCAGUUUAUUUUUAUAAUUCAUAAAACUACUAAACAUAAACUAAUAUGUAUUGGUUUAGGUAUAUGGGUUUGAAAAAGUUGCCAACACAACAAUAAAAAACUAUUGAAAUUCAACCCGAGCUCACCGUCACCACUAACACAAUAACUUUACAUUAAUGAGGGGUUAACAUUACUAGACAUGGCCAAACUGAGUCCUUUUACAGUUCUUGAAUGCGCAAAAUAGAAAAAGACUUGGUCCUAAAUGAUGUCACUCCUCCCUGCCCACCUAUUUACUAAAAACCGUGAUUGUUGCUGUUGAGAUGUGGUUUACUUUUUACGACCCACUGCAGAUUCACAAUAAACCUUCUUUUUUACUUCUCAGAAUCUGUAUUUCCAAAUAUGCUGAACUAAUCCUUUCGAUUUCCUACAGCCUCUCUGUUUUGAUUGUGCCAAAGACUCUAAUGAGUUGAAAACAAAAUGCAUUAAGGUUUGGAGAGUUAAUGAUUAGUUUGUCUUUCAUGGCCACCUGUUUUUUUAGUAAGUUUAUCCAUGAUACUCUUUUGUUUUCCCGUUAUGAUUACUUGUACAGAGUUCUGUAAGCGUACAGAUGAGUGCAUAAAUAUGUUUGUGUCAGUGUUCCUGGAUCUGUUCAUGGUUUGCCUUUACAUGUCUGUGUUGUUGCUGUUGGGGAACUGAUACAGUCACCUGUCUUAAUAAACAAUGUCUGCACUAGA